AUGCGUGUUAUAUCAUUGCAGGAUGGAGGAGAUGUCAGUGCUGUGUUUGAACGCUUUUGUCGCGCUAUUAAGAGUGUUGAAGCAAGCAUCAAAGCCAAAGGUAAAGAAUUUAUCUACAAUGAACAUUUGGAUCUCAUUGCUAUGGAACAAAAGCUACUGGCUGGAGAAUAUAUUGACGCAUUGUUCCCGACUGAUCCUAUAGCUCCAGUCAUCAUUGACGUCGGUGCUCCAUUGGGAGUCGACGAUGCAUUGUCAUCCCAAGAAGACAGUUCUCGCAUUUUUACUUCAAAACAUCACAGUUUAAUGACUAAACACUUGACGAAAACAUUAUAUGACAAGUUGAAGGAUAAACACUCGAGUAAGGAGUAUACACUGGAUAUGGCGAUCCAGACUAGCAAUGAUAACCCACACCUUGGAGUUGGUGUUGUAGCUGGUGAUGAAGAGUGUUAUCAAGUAUUUAAGGAUCUCUAUGACCCUGUGAUUGAAGGAUGGCAUGGAUAUAAACCAGAAGAUAAGCACCUAACCGAUAUGGAUGUAUCAAAGCUCAAAAAUGCCGAGAAGACUGAUAAUGCUUAUGUACAGUCGGCACGUGUGCGUGCUGGACGUAAUAUUCCUGGUCUUAGUCUGCCGCCUGGAACGACGCGGACAUCUCGUCCAGCUCAAGAAGAGCAUCCACUGCAGGCAUAG